CUGAUAUCGGGCUGGUCCGUCAAGGCGCUCACUUCUCCACCAAACAGACCCUUCGCUGUUACUCGCGCCAAGAACGAGCCAUAUGCGCGCCGCGGCGCGGCACGCCGGCGUCCUCCGAACGGCGGCGUCCCAACCUCCCCUGCCACAUAUCUGUGACGCGCCGGCCGUGCGCUGUUUCUGUUCGUACGGCGAUGACCACGACGUCGCCUCCGGGAACAGGCCGAUGGGUGCAAACCUUAGGGCCGGCAGGCCGGACACCGCGCUGGAAGUGUUCGACGGAAUGCCCCGGCGGGACGUCGUGUCCUGGAACACCUCCAUGGCCGCGCACGCGCGGGCCGGAGCGUACGGAAGGGUGGCAGCGGCGUUCCUGGACCUCACGCGGCAGGGGAUCCGCCCGGACCACGCGUCAUUCUCGAUCGUGCUGUCGGCCUGCGCGCGGCUCGAGGCUCUAGAGCUGGGGCGGUGCGUCCACGGUCUCGCACUCAAAGCCAGCUCCACGGGCAGCGUGUUCGUGGGCGCCUCGCUCAUCACGAUGUAUGCCAACUGCGGGGUUUUCGGUUACCUCGAGCGGGUCUUUGACGGUGUCGGCUGCCCGAAUGUGGCCCUGUGGAAUGCUCUGGUAUCAGGGCUCGUGAUGAACCAUCGGGUGGCUGAUGCGCGCAGGGUAUUCGACCGGAUGCCCGCCCGCAAUGUUGUGUCCUGGACGGCCAUGGUGAAAGGGUAUGUUAGGGUGCAUGAGAUGGAGCUGGCACUGGAGCUGUUUAACUCGAUGCCCGUGAAGAAUCAUGUGUCCUGGUGUGUCAUGAUAGGAGGACUUGUCCACCACCAUCAAUUCAGAGAGGCGGUUGAACUGUUCAAUAGAUUGAUAAGAAACGGAGCGGAAGUGACAAGUGCAGUUCUUGUUAUGGUUGUGAACGCCUAUGCUGGCCUGAAAAGUAGUGAAGGAGGCAGAUGCAUUCAUGGGUUUUCUGUCAAGUCUGGUUUCGUUCUCGACCUAAUUAUCGAGGCAUCAUUGGUUGCAAUGUACUGUAACACCUUAGAUAUUGAAGAAGCGCGGUUGGAAUUUGAUAAAAUGGAUAGGAAGCAUGUUACUUCAUGGAAUUCCAUCAUAUCUGGCUAUAUUUAUGCGGACAAGAUUGAUGAGGCUAGAAAACUUUUUGACUCCAUGGUUGACAGAGAUAAGGUCUCAUGCAACUCGAUGAUUAAUGGAUAUAUCAGAGAUGGAAGAAUCGAUGAUGCUACUGACAUAUACUCAAAGAUGCCUGAGAAGAAUGUUGAAGCAGCUACUGCUUUGAUGUCAUGGUUCAUAGACAACGGAAAGCUUGAUAAGGCACAGGGUAUGUUCUAUAGUAUGCCCAAGAAAGAUGUGAUGUGUUGCACAACUCUGCUCUUUGGUUACAUGAAAGAAGGAUAUCUGGAUGAUGCACUGGACCUUUUCCAUAGGAUGCACAAAAGGACCGUUGUCACUUAUAAUGUGAUGAUAGCUGGCUUUCUUCAUCAAGGCAAGGUUACCGAAGCUUACAAGCUCUUCAAUGAGUCGCCUGCUCAUGAUUCAGUGACUUGGAGCUGUUUGAUUACUGGGCUUGCUCAGAAUGGUUUAGCUAGUGAUGCUCUUAAAUUGUACAAGAGAAUGUUAUUAUCAAAUAUAGGCCCAAGCGAGUCAGUUGUCUCUAGCCUCAUGAGCUGCUUUUCCCAUCAUUCUAUGAUGGUUCAUGGUCAACAGCUUCAUGCCACAACUAUCAAACUUGGUCUCGAGUUAUGUCUGCUAAUUCAGAAUUCACUUAUUAGCCUAUACUGCAAAUGUGGUGAAUUGAUCACAGCACAAAAUAUUUUCGAUCAGAUGGUUAAGAGAGAUGUGGUUACAUGGAAUACGAUAAUUCAUGGAUAUGCAUUCAAUAGUCUUGGUCAGAAUGCAAUUGAAGUGUUUGAGAAUAUGAAGAGCGCACAAGUUGAUCCUGAUGAAAUCACAUUUCUUGGUGUACUGUCUGCAUGUAGUCACAUGAGCCUUUUGGACGAAGCAAAGCAUUUCUUCAGUGCGAUGACGCGUGAUUAUGGAAUUAUGCCUAACAAAAUGCACUAUGCUUGCAUGGCUGAUCUCUUUUGUAGGAGAGGCAUGCUUGAGGAGGCUGAACGAUUAGUGAAGUCAAUGCCAUUUGAACCUGAUUCAGUAAUAUGGACUUCACUCCUGAGCAAUUGCAAACUGAGUGGCAGUGAUAAGUUAGCAGAGCAUGCGGCAAGUCAAUUGAUUGCCACAAAUCCUUCUACCAAAAUGCCUUAUCUGCACCUCAUCAGUGUACAUGGAGCAACAAAUAGAUGGGGUGUGAUUGAAAGUUUGAGAAAUCAAAUUCAAAGAACUGCCACUGAGAAAGAAGUUGGUUGUAGCUGGAGUUAGCAUCCUAUCGUGAUUUACUGAUGGUGUUCUGUACCAACGGUAGUUCGGUCUGGCACCAAAAAUACUACGCUGUAUACCAUGAGACACUGCUGAUAUUUACAGCAAUAUCCACGGUGUGGCCCAUGAUAAUUUUUGCAGACAUUUUCCACCAAGCAGAAUGAUUGGGAGGUCAGGGCAAACUCUCGGCCAAAGGGCUAGGUUAGGCAUUUUGGUGCGAGGUUGAACAAGCGUGAAACACAUCUGUCAGCUAUGAUUCGGUCUCAUAUUUCCAGCCUGAGAUCACAAAAAUUCCACUGCAGGAGUACGAUGACCAACUUUGCAAAAGCAGGAACCUCUGUGACAGGUUAAGAGUUUGGUCAGCAGAGGAAGAAAGGAUGAACCACUCCUCCAAGAACAGGCAAAAACAGGUGCGUGUCAAUCGCCUUCUUUUAAGGCAUUAAGCCCUCCAUUUUGGAGCAGUGGUGACUGACAAAUGCAAUGUCAGUCUGCAAGUGCCCAGCUAAUCUAUGUAUCUCGUAGCAGAGAGCAUGCGGCAAGUCAAUUGAUUGCCACAAAUCAUUCUACCAAAAUGACUUAUCUGCACUUCAUCAGUAUACAUGGAGCAACAAAUAGAUGGGGUGUGAUUGAAAGUUUGAGAAAUCAAAUUAGAAGAACUGCCACUGAGAAAAAAGUUGGUUACAUCGAUGCUCUCUAAUCAAUCAACGAGACACAUCACACAUGGGUUGUCUUGGUUUAUUUUCUUACGUCGCCUCCAAGGAUUCUUAGGUUGCACACGCAGAGAAUCACGCAGCUUAGGAAAGUCUCCAUCCUGGACGCAAUGGGAGAAUUUUUACGUCGCCUGGCGCGCUGACUGGGAGCGCGUGUUGUGCGGACGGCGCUGACUGGCACGCCUGUUGCACAGCGGGGGGGAGGGUGGAGAAUAAUAUUUUUGCUCCCUAGGUGUCAAAUAGUAUAUAUAAGAUAUAUAAUAUUUUGGAUAAAUGAAACACGUACCCACAAACAUUGUUAUAUAAAUUGGUGUACAU